UUUUUGUUACACAUGUUAAAUGAGUCCAGGACAGUUGGAGAAAAAAAACAACAUAAAUUUCGACGAGGAUGGGAUUCGAACCCACGCGUGCAGAGCACAAUGGAUUAGCAGUCCAUCGCCUUAACCACUCGGCCACCUCGUCAGGAUGCCUAUGUGUCGCCUACGCAGUGAAAUUUACAGAUACCCCGUUGGACGGAAUACGUCCUGUAUUAUUGUUGUUUUCUACGAUCAUGUCAUUAUCAUUAAGAACCCUUUCGUUACUUGUCAAAGCCCAGACUGCACUGCUCAACUGUAACACUAAAUCCAGCGGCGCCUUUCCUCCUGACUUUACGGCAGUUACACAUCGACAUGCGCCGCUGUCGCAGCCGCCGCUCAGCACAACCAGCGCUGUGUUGUGAUUUAAUGGAUCACCGCAGCUGGCACCUUCUCGCCGAUUUUCUGUGCUAUUUUAAAUCCCAUUAAAGUCCUGUUUGGUGCUCCUUUAAUGCAACAACAUCGGGUCAAGCGUUCGUCCCGACACAGCCCCUUUAGGCUGUGGUGUUAGCACUGUGGCAGGGAUGUAGUCAACGCUAGCUGGAGCCUGUGUUUUCGGACCUGCUUUGUUAACAGCGAUUAGCCGGAUCCAGCUUUCUCUGGAAUGCAUCUCUCCAAGAAAUGUUCCGUGUUCAAAGUGGUGCUGAGUGCCCUUCUGAUGGUGGCGCUGCUGCAGCUCAUUUACCUGUCCUUCCUGUCCAGGUUCCACGGGAAGCAGCAGCGCUACCGCUACUCGGAGCUGUUUGGAGGCUCCGCGGCCAAGAAGAAUGCGCAUCCCGAGAAAAACACGCGGAAGGAGCGGCUGAGGUACUCUCUGUCCAGCGGUGGGAUCUUUGACAACAGCGGCCAGUACAGGGUAUACAAGAACUUGAUAAAGAGUGAUUUCACAACGAAUCAGAAACCAGGUUCCCACUCAAACUCUGACAUCCUGACUCUGGCCACUCAUACUACCAUCAACAACCUGCACCACCUGGAAUCUCUGCUGGAAAGAUGGCAGAAUCCUCUCUCUGUGGCGAUAUUUGCACAUGGGGAAGAUGUUAAAUUUGCCACAGCUUUGGUUUAUGCACUCAGCUUCUUCUGCCCUCAAAUCCAGGCCCUUGUGGACUUCCACUUGGUCUGCCUGUCAGGAGAGACGGCCAGUUUCCCUGAACAGGACCGGGAACACUUUGCUGGCCUGGAAGACUGCGCUUCUGUGUUCUCCAGACUGGAAACCCACAGGGAUAAGUACCAAAACUACGCAAUGAGCGGAAACAUCUCUUACCCAAAUAACCUACUCCGUAACGUUGCCCGUGGUGGCACAGAGUCCUCCUACAUCCUGGUAAUUGACAUCGACAUGAUGCCGAGCGCUGACCUCCACCAGCAGUUCCUCGCCAUGAUCCUGAGGCGACCACCGGCGGCCGACGAGGUGUUUGUUCUCCCUGCUUUUGAGAUCCGCCAUGCCAGGAAGAUUCCCUUGACGAAGGCAGAGUUGGUGCAGCUUUAUCAGGUGGGAGAAGUCCGGCCGUUUUAUGAGGAGUUGUGCCCACGCUGUCAGGCUCCCACCAACUACUCCCAGUGGGUCAACAGCCAUGUUAGAGAGACAGGCACCCUGGAAGUUGCUUACACACUCAUCUGGGUGGACCCCUGGGAGCCCUUCUACAUCGGGCCUCGAACUGUCCCCUUAUAUGACGAAAACUUCAAGCAGUAUGGCUUCAAUCGAAUCAGCCAGGCGUGCGAGCUGCAUGUGGCUGGAUUCAGGUUCUCUGUGCUGAGCUCGGCCUUCGUCGUGCACCGCGGCUUCAAGAUCCAGGGCGAGUUCCACGCUAAGAAAGAGGAAGAGAACAAACAGAACCGGGUUUUGUUUCGCAGCUUCAAAGAGGGCCUGAAAACCAAAUACCCAUCCUCUGCCCGACGAUGCUGAGGGGCGGAAAAAAAGAUGACUGUCCUAAGCCAGCUUUUAAAGUUAUAACAUAGUUGUAUGGGGGAGGAGUUUCAGCUGAUUCUCCUACUUCCUUAAUAUUUGAAGUCAAUAUUAAAAAUAGACGGCACAUAGGGUUUAUGAUGGGAUUUCAAAACAUGGGUCAAUAGUGACUACAGAUUGAAUUUUAUUAGGUAAAAUCUAAACCUAUGAGGUCUUACUUCAUACAUUAUGUUGAUAACCAGAUACAAAAGUAGCAAAAAUUGUCUUAAAUCACAAUGAAAUGACAUUUCUAGUCAAAUAUCUACUUUAGAAGCCUUGGCCCAGAGUUUAAACACAAACAGCAAGAGCCAUGUAUGAAAUUCUUGCAGUAUUACCCGCCAUAAAAAUGUGACAGUGUUCCAGUACUAACACCAAAAUUAAAAGAAGCAUAACAUGAUCUCAUUACUUUCCCCUAAAACAGAAAAGCAACAACUAUUCCCUCUUUGUAUCAGUUUUUUAUAUUUAAAAUGCGUAACGCUUUAUUUGACGGGUUGUGACUAAGACUGUCAUGACGCCGUCAUAAACAUGACAUAACACCUGCCACGAGUAAGUCUUCAUGAAUAUUUAUGACUGUUGUCAUAAAUAGUCAUUCGGUAAAUCAUGACACUUUUAAUACAAAGUUAUUCAAAACGUCUUUGUUAUGUUAAGAAAUCAUAAUCUGACAUAAAUUUGUUAUCAAAGUAUUACUGAUCAAACUUUAGCUUUAGUAAGAUAAAGUUACAUAAUUUUUUUAAUGCAAAGCUAUAAAAACACAUUUGUCCCUUACAGCUUAUCUGUUUUUGAGUUUUGUCACACUUAAAUGAUUAUCAAGGCUCAAUAUCAGGUAAAAACAACCUGAGUAAAUACAAAAUGUUGUUUAAAUUAUGGUUUUGUUAGACAUUUCAGCCUAAUAAAGCUGCACUCAUUUUAAACUGAGAAUUAAAUGUGAUUAUGAACAUUUUUUUGGCUCAGUUUUACAAAAUAGAAAUUGCAGGAUUAUAAUCCAAAUUAAGUUUUUUCUUUAUUAUUAAAAUUUACUUCAGACUCUGAAACAUUUAAAUGUUCCAAAUGAGCAAAAACAGAAUAAAUUAUUACAUAUAGACUGAACAAGCUAUUAUUAUCAUUAUUAAUAUUGUUUAAUAUAAUCUGUUAGUGAAGGUAGUGGUGUUCCCCGUACCGAUAGACUGAAAAUGAAAACUAUUAACUUGGUUUGUCUUGGCUCAGGUGUGGCCAAAACAAGGAAAGAAAAGCUAUAGUUCCUACUUAAAUGAGAAUUUUUGAAAUGCUUGUACGUGGUUUUAAUUAGGAUAUGCACACAAGCCUGAUUAAAAAUCAGCAGAUCAAGCCAUCAACUUGUACUGUGGCCACUAGAGGGCGGUAGUCCUUGCACCUCAACUGUAAGCUGUUUUAUUUAGUGGGAGCGGUAAAUAUACGCACAAGUUUGGUGCUCUGAAGCAUGAUGAUUUACUCCACACCUCGAUGGCGUACACCUCUCUGUGACAAUUUCUUUUCUAAUAGAAACAGAAAUGACUUUUAACAAUAAGCACUGGAAACUUUACAAUAUACACAACACUGACAUUGUACAGAAACUUUAAAACUGCUGUAUUCUAACACCAAGGAUUAGAAACCGAAAUAUUUACUUUUUACAUCGUUUCAUUUAUUAAUUUAUCGCUUUAACCCUUGACAAUGUAUUGCGUGUGAAUAUAAUGCAUUAUCAAGGAGUAAACCAGGCUUAAUCAUUGUGUUGUUAUGGUCUACGGUAUCAAACACGCCUUUAGUUUUAGUGUAUGGAUAAAUAAAGGUGCUGUUUGAUUACUGAUUAUGUUAAAUAUGUUCUGGAAUACUUAUUUUUGAAGGGAUCUGUAGCCUUCCUACUAGUAGUGCAGUUUGGUAUAUUUAUUGUGAUCUUUUCCUAAAAUAAAAAUAGUUUGAACCUUUUGUUUAAACCCAAAGCAAGAACACUGUAGCAUGAAAUUGUGUUGACACUUUAGAUUCUUUUUUUCAUCUUUAAAAAAUAAUUUAUCAGAUAUUUACAGAUGGGGAAAUCUAUAUGAAAUCAUUAUCUACUGUGGUUACGUAAUAGUUUGGUAUUUUUCUCAUUGGUUCACUUAUUUGAAAAAAAUGAUGCUGUAUUUUUUUUUCCUCCUUUAUUUUCUUUAUCAGAUAAAAUGUCUGAUUUGUGUUGAACUUGCUAUUAAAUCCCUCUUGGACAACGUUUGUUAACUGGA